ACUUCAGCUCUGUCUCUGUCUGUCUCUGCUCCUUGUUUGGGAGGCUAGUGGGAGGAGAAGAGCUGAAGGGGCUAUAUAACCUCUGAGGUUUCAGAUACAGAGUGUACCACCCUAGAGCAGCCAUCCCCAGCCACGCGCUGUCAGGGGCUGUUUUCUGUCUGGAAGGCCAGCAGACACUGUAGAAGAUGUGUGAGGAGGAGGACAGCACUGCCCUUGUUUGUGACAAUGGCUCGGGGCUCUGUAAAGCUGGCUUCGCUGGAGAUGAUGCUCCAAGAGCGGUUUUCCCAUCCAUUGUGGGUCGUCCCAGGCACCAGGGUGUGAUGGUUGGUAUGGGUCAAAAAGACAGCUAUGUGGGUGACGAGGCUCAAAGCAAGAGAGGAAUCCUGACCCUGAAAUACCCCAUUGAGCACGGCAUCAUUACCAACUGGGACGACAUGGAGAAGAUCUGGCAUCAUUCUUUCUAUAAUGAGCUCCGGGUUGCACCUGAAGAACACCCGACUCUGCUGACUGAAGCACCGCUGAAUCCCAAAGCUAACCGCGAGAAAAUGACACAGAUUAUGUUUGAGACGUUCAAUGUGCCAGCCAUGUAUGUAGCCAUCCAGGCUGUUCUGUCCCUCUAUGCCUCUGGGCGUACCACAGGCAUCGUGCUGGACUCUGGGGAUGGUGUCACCCACAACGUGCCCAUCUACGAAGGCUACGCCCUGCCACACGCCAUCAUGCGGCUGGACCUGGCGGGCCGGGACCUGACGGACUACCUCAUGAAAAUCCUGACGGAGCGCGGGUACUCCUUCGUGACCACGGCCGAGCGUGAAAUUGUCCGUGACAUCAAGGAAAAGCUCUGUUACGUGGCCCUGGACUUUGAAAAUGAGAUGGCCACUGCUGCAUCUUCCUCCUCUCUGGAAAAAAGCUAUGAGCUUCCUGAUGGUCAGGUGAUCACCAUUGGAAAUGAACGCUUUCGGUGCCCAGAGACGCUCUUCCAGCCAUCUUUCAUUGGCAUGGAGUCUGCUGGCAUUCAUGAAACCACUUACAACAGCAUCAUGAAAUGUGACAUAGACAUCAGGAAGGAUCUUUAUGCCAACAACGUGCUGUCUGGAGGCACCACAAUGUACCCGGGUAUUGCAGACAGGAUGCAGAAGGAAAUAACUGCUCUGGCUCCUAGCACCAUGAAGAUCAAGAUCAUUGCUCCUCCUGAACGCAAGUACUCUGUCUGGAUUGGAGGUUCUAUUCUUGCUUCCCUCUCUACUUUCCAGCAGAUGUGGAUCAGCAAACAGGAAUAUGAUGAAGCUGGCCCAUCCAUUGUUCACCGCAAAUGCUUUUAAGUUGCUUUUUCUUUAUAUGUCUCCUUAGUGUGAAUGUAUUCAGGGAAGUACAUUCUUAUUAUUUCAUUCCAUAAAUUCUUCAUCAUAAUUAAUCUAAUUAAUUUGAUACUGUGUAUUUCUUAAAAUAAAUUUUAAAUAUGCUAUGAAA